AUCUAUAUAUAACUACUGCUUUUAGUGUUUGAUCCUCUCUAUAGUAUCCAAAUAUGGCUCAGAUAGUUGGUGUAGAUGAGGCAGAGUCUAUGAAAGUUGAGCUUGCAGAGAUAGGAGGAAGUAGCAUUAGAUCAUCAUUUGGACAUGAUUCUUCAAGUUUUCGAAAUAGUUUGGGAUUGAGCUCAAGGAAGGAUGAUGUUGGAGAUGAAUAUGCUUUUCAAUGGGCUGCAAUUGAGAGACUGCCUACAUUUGAACGGCUGAAGUCAUCUUUGUUUGAUGAAGAAGAUGAUACUAAACCUGCCAAGGAUAAAGGAAAGCGGGUCAUUGAUGUUACCAAGCUCGGAGCUCUAGAACGGCAUAUGUUCAUCAAGAAACUCAUCAAGCACAUCGAGAAAGACAACCUUCAAUUGUUGCAGAAAAUACGAAGUAGAAUCGACAAAGUUGAUGUAAAAUUACCGACAGUGGAAGUUCGAUACAAAAAUCUCUGUGUUGAAGCCAAGUGUGAGGUGGUUCAUGGAAAGCCCCUUCCAACUCUAUGGAAUUCUCUUAAAAGCUUGCUUUCUAAUAUUGCAAGGCUGACAGGUUCGAAGUCAAGAGAGGCCAAGAUAGAAAUUAUUAAUGAUGUCAGUGGUGUCAUAAAACCUGGAAGUUGUUGCAGGAUGACUCUACUACUUGGUCCCCCAGGAUGUGGGAAGACCACACUCUUAAAGGCACUCUCAGGCAAUCUAUACCAAUCUCUCAAGCUUACAGGGGAAGUUUCUUACAACGGGUUUGACUUAGAAGAACUAGUCCCCCAAAAGAGUUCUGCUUAUAUCGGCCAAUAUGAUGUGCACAUUCCGGAGAUGACUGUGAGAGAAACCAUUGAUUUUUCAGCUCGUUGUCAGGGUGUUGGGAGUCGGGCAGAGAUCAUGAUGGAGGUCACAAGAAGGGAAAAAGAUAGAGGGAUUGUUCCGGAUCCUGAUAUAGAUACCUACAUGAAGGCAAUUUCUGUAAAGGGACUAAAAAGAACCCUUCAAACAGACUACAUUCUUGAAAUCCUUGGACUUGAUAUUUGUGCUGACACAUGUUUCGGAGAUGCCAUGAGGAGAGGUAUCUCUGGAGGCCAGAAGAAAAGGUUGACAACAGGAGAGAUGAUUGUGGGUCCAACAAAGGCUUUGUUCAUGGAUGAGAUAACGAAUGGCUUAGACAGUUCCACAGCAUUUCAAGUUGUCGCUUGUCUUCAGCAGUUGGUGCAUAUCACAGAUGCUACUGUACUGGCUUCCCUUCUUCAGCCAGCGCCAGAAACUUUUGAACUAUUUGAUGACAUUAUUCUGAUGGCAGAAGGGAAAAUUGUGUAUCACGGGCCACGCAGCUGUGUUCUUGACUUCUUUGAGGAUUGUGGAUUCAAGUGUCCUGAUAGGAAAGGAGUUGCUGAUUUCCUCCAGGAGGUUAUCUCCCAGAAUGAUCAGGCUCAGUACUGGAACAACGCUGAAGUACAUUAUAGUUACUUUUCUGUUGAUACAUUCUCUAGAUUGUUCAAGGCAUCUCCUCUAGGGAAGAAGCUGGAUGAGGAGCUCUCUAAUCCAUAUGAAAAAUCCCAAAGCCAUAGGAAUGCUCUUUCUUUCAGAGUGUAUUCUCUUCCGAAUUGGGAACUUUUUAGAGCUUGCAUGUCAAGGGAGUUUCUUCUUAUGAGGAGGAAUUCUUUUGUCUAUGUAUUCAAAACAACUCAGCUGAUUAUCACUGCAUCCGUCACAAUGACUGUAUUUUUGCGAACUAGGAUGAUUAUUGACAUCUCUCAUGCAAACUACUUCAUGGGUGCCUUAUUUUUUGCACUCAUCAUACUUCUUGUUGAUGGAAUUCCGGAGCUGGCUAUGACUGUUGCAAGACUGGAAGUUUUCUACAAACAGAAAGAUCUUUAUUUCUACCCAGCUUGGGCUUAUGCCAUUCCGGCAGCCAUUUUGAAAAUUCCUAUUUCAUUCGUGGAAUCUCUUGCUUGGACGUCUCUUACAUAUUAUGUCAUCGGAUAUACCCCUGAGUUCACAAGGUUCCUUCGCCAGUUCAUUCUGCUUUUCGCAGUUCACUUUACAUCAAUAUCCAUGUUCCGUUUCCUGGCUGCAAUUUUCCAGACUAGUGUUGUCGCUAUGACUGCUGGUAGCUUUGCAAUCUUGUUGCUCUUGUUAUUUGGCGGCUUUGUAAUCACUAAAGCCUCCAUGCCAUAUUGGUUGAGAUGGGGAUUUUGGGUUUCGCCUAUUACAUAUGGAGAGAUAGGACUUUCUGUAAAUGAAUUUCUUGCUCCAAGGUGGCAAAAGUUACUGUCUGCAAAUACUACAAUAGGACGACAAACACUUGAAAGCCGAGGACUGAACUUCGAUGGAUAUAUGUACUGGAUAUCGCUUGGUGCCUUAUUUGGCUUUGCUCUAUUAUUCAACGUUGGUUACACAUUAGCCUUAAGUUUCUUGAAGUCUCCAGGAUUUUCUCGUGCCAUUAUUUCAUAUGAAAAGCUCUCCCAGAUGCGUGGUAGUGAAGAUUCUAGUUCUGAUGCACUUGCAGAGAAAAAGUCUAAAUUUCCUUCUCUGAAUACUACCAAAGAAUCCAACAAAGUUGGCUUGUCGACAACAGGCAGGAUGGUCUUACCUUUUGAACCCUUCACAGUGGCAUUUCAGGAUGUGCAAUACUAUGUCGACACACCCUUGGAAAUGAGAGAGCAUGGCUUCACACAGAGAAAACUUCAACUUCUAUCAGGAAUCUCUGGCGCUUUCCGACCUGGUGUUCUGACAGCAUUGAUGGGUGUCAGUGGAGCUGGAAAAACAACUCUUCUGGAUGUUCUCGCAGGAAGAAAAACUAGUGGCUAUGUUGAAGGGGAGAUUACAAUUGGCGGGUAUCCAAAGGUUCAGGAAACUUUUGCUAGAAUCUCGGGUUAUUGUGAGCAAUCCGACGUACAUUCUCCACAGAUAACUGUAGAGGAAUCUGUGAUGUUUUCUGCUUGGCUGCGACUAGCUCCCCAGAUUGAGUCAAAAACUAAAGCUGAGUUUGUGAACGAAGUCCUUGAAACCAUUGAGCUUGAUGGAAUCAAGGAUGAACUGGUUGGCGCUCCUGGUGUUAGCGGUCUAUCAACGGAGCAACGUAAACGUCUUACUAUAGCUGUGGAGCUUGUUGCCAAUCCCUCCAUUAUAUUCAUGGAUGAACCAACAACUGGUCUGGAUGCAAGGGCAGCUGCAAUUGUAAUGCGAGCUGUAAAGAAUGUAGUUGACACUGGAAGAACAAUUGUCUGCACCAUCCAUCAACCCAGUAUUGACAUAUUCGAAUCAUUUGAUGAGCUGAUCCUAUUGAAAACUGGUGGACGUAUGAUCUACUCUGGAGAAUUGGGUCAUCACUCAAAUACAGUAAGAGAGUACUUUGAGGCAACCACUGGAGUGCCAAAGAUAAGAAACAAUUAUAACCCAGCAACAUGGAUGCUAGAGGUCACUUCAGGAUCUGCAGAAGCUGAACUUGGUGUAGAUUUUGCCCAAAUAUACAAGGAUUCUUCUUUAUAUGAGAAGAACAUGGAGCUGGUAAGGCAGUUGAGUACUCCGACACCUGGUUCAAGAGAUCUUAAGUUUCCAACCCUAUUUUCACAGAAUAGCUGGGGACAGUUCAAAUCCUGCUUAUGGAAACAACACUUAUCAUAUUGGAGAAGUCCUUCCUACAACUUGAUGCGAAUUGUGCACACAAUUGCAUCGUCUUUGAUAUUUGGUUUACUGUUCUGGAAUCAAGGAAAGAAAAUUGAUAACCAGCAGAAUUUAUUCAAUAUUCUUGGAGCAAUGUAUUCUGCUGUGAUAUUCUUGGGCAUAAACAACUGUGGAUCAGUUUUACCUUAUGUUGCCACUGAGCGUACUGUUAUGUAUCGAGAAAGAUUUGCAGGGAUGUACUCUUCAUGGGCUUAUUCACUGGCUCAGGUGAUUGUGGAGGUUCCCUAUCUGUUUGUGGAAACUGUUAUAUUUGUGAUCAUCACCUAUCCUAUGAUGGGGUAUUAUGGGUCAGCAUAUAAGGUUUUUUGGUACUUCUAUGCAAUGUUUUGUACGUUGCUGUACUUCAACUACUUGGGAAUGAUGCUCGUGUCGCUGACGCCAAAUUUCAUGGUGGCUGGAAUUCUAUCCUCAGUCUUCUACACAUUUUUCAAUCUUUUUUCUGGUUUCUUGAUUCCUCAACCAAGAAUUCCGAAGUGGUGGAUCUGGUUGUAUUAUCUAGUCCCAACAUCUUGGACGCUUAAUGGUUUGUUCACUUCACAAUAUGGAGAUAUAGAGAAAGAGCUUGUAGUAUUUGGGGAAACUAAAGCAGUGGCUGAAUUCUUGAAAGAUUACUAUGGGUUUCAUCACGAUCGCUUAGCGAUUACGGGGGUUGUUCUCAUUGCCUUUCCACUAGUUUUUGCCACUCUUUUUGCAUGUUUUAUAGGAAGGUUGAACUUCCUACGACAAUAAGAGGUUGUUUGGUUUGAGCAUUUUCCAUUUUCCUUUUUAAAAAUAUAGAAAUGGUGUUCAAAACAGUUACUGCUUUCUUGAAAGAUUACCAUGGCUUUCAUCAUGAGCAUUUAGCUAUUACUACUGUCACACUCAUGGCCUUCCCACUAGCUUAUGCAUUUCUUUUUGCAUUUUGUAUUGGAAAGUUGAACUUCCAAAGGAGAAAUCUCUCCUUGUAUAAGUGCAUACUAGCAUUACUACAUAAUGUUUUCAUCACGCUGAUGAUCAAUACAAAUUUAGAGCUAGCCUUUGUGCAGUCAAUCAAUUCAAUGAAAAGAAAGAAACUAUAAACGCGAGGCCACUUGU